UGGAUAUUGUUUCCAGAAUACGCGAAAAACACCGAGGAUAAAACAUUUUUGUUAAUUUUUUAUUAUUAAAUGCAAAAGAAAAACUAAUAAAAUCGCAAACAUAUUUGUAUAAACUAAUUAAAGUAAUCUAAAAUAUAAAAGAAGCAAUUUUUAACAAUAAUAACACUACAAUAGAUUUCUCUCCCAAGACGCUAUAAAAAAUUGUAUUCACAAAAAAUAAAAUCGGAGAGUAAAAUACAAAAUUUUGGACAAAUUGGUGUAUAAUAAAUAAAAUAUAUGAAAUAUUUUGUAAAUUUGCGGCACAAAUUUUCAAUAAUAUAUUUGGAUUACUAAUAAUCUUGUGCAAAAAGUAACAAAAAUAAACAAAGACGUUUCGCUUUCACACAACAAUUUGCGUACCCCAACGAGACACAAAAAUAUGAAAUGGUUUUCACAAAUAUUCCAGCCAAUGCCUUCUGCAGUAAGUGGUUCCGGUGGUCACGGCUCGGCCGGUCACAAUUCGAACAUACCGAGUAACGAGGAGUGUGGCAUUCGUGAUGUCUGGAAACAUAAUUUGGAAGAAGAAUUCCGUACCAUACGUAAAGUUGUCCAAAAAUACCACUAUGUGGCCAUGGAUACGGAAUUUCCCGGUGUAGUCGCACGUCCCGUGGGUGAAUUUCGUUCGACUGCCGAUUAUCACUAUCAGCUUUUGCGUUGCAAUGUGGACUUGUUGCGUAUCAUACAAUUGGGUUUAACAUUUAUGGACGAUGAGGGUAAAACACCACCCGGCUAUAGUACUUGGCAAUUUAAUUUUAAAUUCAAUUUGAGUGAAGACAUGUAUGCCCAAGACUCAAUUGAUUUGCUGACAAAUUCGGGCAUACAAUUUAGAAAACACGAAGAUGAUGGCAUUGAUCCUUUAGAUUUUGCCGAACUUUUAAUGUCAUCUGGCAUUGUUUUGAUGGAUAAUAUAAAAUGGCUUUGCUUUCAUUCUGGCUACGAUUUUGGUUAUUUGCUUAAGCUUUUGACCGAUCAAAAUCUGCCAGCUGAUGAGAGUGAAUUUUUUGAUUUGCUGCACAUUUAUUUCCCCAAUAUAUAUGACAUUAAAUAUUUAAUGAAAUCAUGCAAAAAUCUAAAGGGUGGCCUUCAAGAGGUUGCUGAUCAAUUGGAGUUACGUCGUGUGGGUCCCCAACAUCAGGCUGGUUCCGAUGCCCUGUUAACCGGCAUGGCAUUCUUCAAAAUGCGUGAGAUGUUCUUUGAGGACAACAUUGAUAAUGCCAAAUACUGUGGUCAUUUGUAUGGUUUGGGUACCUCAUUCAUAGUCAAUGGUGCUAAUUUCCACGAGAGCAAUGGUGAAAAUGCAAAUGCAACGUGAUUCAUAAUAAAAAUAGAGCGUACGCAAAACAUUUUUGCCAGCAAUUCAACAACAUGAAACGGAUCAAUAUAAAAUAAUUAACAACGUUAAAAACAGUUAAACAGCAGCACAUUAAGAACAAACGUCAAGCAAAUAUAAUAAAAAACAUAAUAACAUAAUAACUUAAAUGCAAAAAAAGAACAACAACAAAGAAAAUUUCAAUUUAAUAAAAUAUAUCUAUCAAAAAACAAACAGCUUCUCAACAAUAUAGUAUGCAUGUCUUCAAAACCAAUAUUUAUGUAUGUAGAAAUAAAAAAUGUUAAUUAAAAAAAAUCAACAAAAAAAAUCGUAAAAUAAAAAAAUAUUAAGCAAAAAAAAUUGUAAAACCAUAAAAAAAAAGUAUAAUACAUAUUAAAGUAGUUGGAACAACACCCAAACACAAAAACAUCUACACACUUUCUAAUUACAGUCUAAAUUACAAGAAAAUAAAAAAUUAUAAAAUAAAUGUGUUUCUUUAAUUUUUUUAUAUAAAAAACCAACAACAACAAUUGAUUUAAUUAUUAAGUAAGCAAAGCAUUAUAAUAAUUACAACAAUAAAAUACAUAUAUACUAAAAA